UUUUUUGAUCUCCCUAUUCACUUUUUUUUUUUUUUUUGGUUUUAUUUUAUUAUUUUAUUUUUAUUACUUUGUUCCUUUUUUUUUUUAUUCUCUUCCCCCUCCCCUUUCUCCUUAUUUUUCCCAUUAUUGGUUUUUUUUUUCUUCUAACUCACUCACAUAUACUUUCUUUCUUUCUCUCUCUCUCCUACUCUAUCUAUUUUUCUUUCUCUUCUUUUUUUUCUCUCCUUCCAUUCAUUCACUUGAUCAUUGUUUUCAAUUAAUAAACCAUUACAGCAUAUGCCCAUACCUGAAUCACCUUCGUCUUUAAAAUCGCCUCAUGAAGAUUGGUAUUCAUCUCCAACAUUUACCUCUGGUCAGCAAGGACGAGAUAUGACACUCAGUGAAUUGUCUAUUACAAAGUUAUAUCGCGUGGAACUCAAAGCCUACUUGACCAGUUUUCUAGAAAAAGAGACUAUUCAUGGAGCUGCUCCCAAAAGAGUGGCAUCUCGACAAAAACUCUCCAAGUUAAAUGCAGGUCAAUUUCUAGAACUUGCGCGUGAUGUCUAUGAUGAAAUGAUUCGAAGAACUAAACAUGAAAAAGAAGUACCAUUCUUACCAGUACAUGAUGAAUUCCAUCCAAGACGAAAUCAAGCCAGACAAAAAUUAGCUACACUACCUGUACAUCGAUUCAUGGACCUUGCAAGUGAUGUUUAUCAUGAACUUAGUCGACGGUAUCCUCAUACAAAAAUGGAAAAGAAUGAUGCUUUGCCUCCAUUACCUUUACCUGUUGACAACACCAAUGAAAAUACUCAUGAAUGGUUUCCACAAACGGUGAUUCCUGAAAAAAGUAUGGCUCAUAUCUCUACCAUUUCAGGAGGAUUGGAACAAUCACAACAAGAAUAUCAUGCUUAUUCUCAACAUCCUUUCGAAACUGAACAACAUAAUAAUAAUACUCAUCAUCAAGAUUCCUUACACACUGAUUGGACUGAUUCUUUGGAUAGUCUUAUUGCUGAUAUUGAUUCUAUGGUCAGGCCUCAUAGUCAAUUCAAAGAUCAACUGUCAAGUGGAACAAAAGAUAUUAUGACUACAUCAAGAAGACCAUCUCAUCGUAUGGAAAUUGAGGAAUUACAACAAAGUCAUGAACAUAAAGUCAACUGCUUGAACCAACGUAUUCAGGAUCUAGAACAAGUGGAAUUCGACCUUCGAACUAGGAAUGAUCAACUUGAAAAACAAAAUCAACAACUUGUCCUUCAACAUCAACAACAAGAAGAGACAGUACACAAGGUGAAAAAAGAAAUUUUGGAACUCUUGAAUCAGCUUGAUACCUUAUCUAAUAAGAAUGAACAAAUUAUUGCUGACCGAGACCGUGCAUAUGAUCUUGUGGAAGAAUUGAAGGAUCAAACCAAGGAAUGGCAAUCAAAAUACUCGGCUGUUACACGACAACUACAUGCAUCCAAAGGCAAAUCAUCAUCUUCCAUAUCAACAAAAACAUUAUCAUGGAAUUAUCAACAGGAUGUUUUGGGACCUAUCCAAUCCAGUCCUCAUGGAAUUAUUUCAUAUGACACAAUUAUCAAUUACCAAACCUGCAUUGAAGAUCUCAUACAAAAAUCAAGGUCAAGUCAACCGGCAGAUAUUUUACCUUGUAUGAAAUCUAUUGUCAUGGUAUGCAAGGCAAUCUCAGAUCAAGUGGACCAAAGUCAAAUAGCAUCACAGGGGAAACGACAUGGAAAAGAUAAAGGAAUCAAGAAUGACAGUAAGAAAAUGAAUAAAGAUGAUAGCGACAGUGACAGUAAUACGGAAGAAAGUAAUAUAGAGAGCGAGGAUGAUGAUCAUCCUUCUUCAACCAAGAAAAUCAAAGAUCAACUUCACAUUAUACGACGACAAUACGCUCUUGCUCUACAUCACCUACUCGCUGCAUCCAAAGGAUACGUACAUGGAUCUGGUCUUUACCCUCUUUGUUUGUUGGAUACAUCUGCUGGUCAUUUGACGAAUGUGGUGAUUGAACUAGUUCAGCUUUUAGGCAUUAGUGAUUAGUUAAUAUUAUUAUUCAUCUAAAUAUUUUUUUUAUACAUCAUGAUCUUUCAUAUAUAUACACAUC